AUGGAGGUCGAUAAUCAAGCCGUGCCCCAACUCGCUCAGCCCGGAGAGUUUGCGGUCUCAGAGGUCGAGAGGGCACAGGAACACUUCGAAAAGAAUGACUCUGAGCUCGGUUCAAAAUUGUCAUUAGACAACAAAGAGUCCGAAAUCUCUCAAGAUGCGGGUGCCGAAGAUCACCCAGAAGAGGCCGAGGUAGAGGGAGAUGCUGCGGCCGAGCCGACUUCUUCCAAGAGCAAGAAGAAGAAAAAGAAGAAGAAGAACAAGAGCGAGAGCCAAAUCACCUCACCUAUAGAGUCCGCCGACAGCAUCCCCGCUGUUGACAUCAAGGCCGAGGGAGGAGAAACCGUCGAGGCAGCGGAGCAAGACAGAACAGUUACCCCUCCCCCAGAGGAAUCAAAUCUGGUAGUCGAAGACGAGGCUAAGAAGGAUAAGAAGAAGAAAAAGAAGAAGAAGAAGAACGGCCCAAAGAACUCCGAAACGGAUGUUACUUCUGAUGGCGCUCUUGACCCGGCCCAGCCUCCAUCACCCCCCGACACGGACGAGGGACGAGGCGAGGACGAGGCUACGCCGGUAGCGCAAGAGGAGGCCGUGACUGCGGCCCCGGAACCCGAGGCUGCUCUUGAAACUGUGAAAGAGGAGAGCUCUGCUGAUGUUGAGCAGUCUAAUGACGCUGUUCCCGUUCCCGAAGAAUCCAAGGCUGUUGAAGAAGAGGCUAAACCCGCCGACGAUGUUGCCGUUGCCUCCGAAGAGCCCGAGCACGUGGAACCAGAGUCAGAAGCCCCCAAAGAGCAUCAACAUGAACAUGAGCACGAGCACGAGCACAAGCACGAGCAGACACAUCAGGAGGAGCCCAAUCACGCUCCCCAGGAGGAGGUUGAACCUGUCAAGGAGCCAGAGUCUGUGCCCGCUGAGCAUGAAAAUGCCCCAGCUGAAGAGUCUCAUGAAGCUGCUGAGACACACGAUGAGAAGCCUGUCGAAGAGGCUGCUCACACAGAAGAUACCCAAGCACCAGCGACAGUUGAGGAGCCCGCUGAGCACCAGGAAGAGCACAAGGACGUUCCUGAACCCGUUGAAGCCGACAACAAAGAGGUAGAGCACCACUCGGAAGAGGAAAAGCAUGUCGAGAAGGCGAACAUCUCCGAUGACAAGCCUGCGGAAGAAGAGAACCACACUGAGGAGAAGCACUCCGACGAAGUUAUCUCUGAAGAGGCAAAGCCCAUCGAAGAAGAGAAGACUGUCGAAGAAGAGAAACUCGACACCGAGAAGGACACCGCUGAAUCCCAGACUAAGGAGGAGCCAGCUGCUGAGCCUGCGAUCGAGGCUGAGGAGACUCCCGAAGUCGCUGAAGAGCAUGUCGCCGAAACAGCUACUGAAGAGCCUACUAAGGAAGUCGAGGAACAUGUUACUGAAGAAGCACCAGUUACUGAACAUGUUGAAGAAGCUGCGAAGAAUUCAGUUGUAGAGGAGGCUGCUCCUCAAGAGGAGAAGGCCCCAGAGACCACCGAAUCCGAGGCCAAGCAUGACGACUCUGAGAAGCAUGAGGAGCCUGUCGCUGAACACGCGCCCGUAGCUGUUGAGGCUGAAACCAAGGCUGAGGAGGUCCACGAGGAGGCUCCCAAGGAGGAAAUUAUCGAAGAGACUCCUAGGGAUACUGUGACUGAGUCUCAUGUGUCUGCCGAAGAAGCCAACAACGAGGAGGCUAAGAAGACCCCCGAAGUCGAAGACGCUGAGCCUGUUGCUGAGCCUGUUGCUGAGCCUGUUGCUGAGCCUGAGACCAGCUCGGAAGUGAAGGCUGCUGAUGAACACGACGCGGAAGUUGCCAAAGAAGAGACUCACGAAGAGCAUGUCGAAGCCCAAGAGAGCGAGCCUGUUGUUGAUACCCACGAAGAGAAAAAGGAUGAGGUUGUUGCUGAGGCUGAAACUACUCACGAGCCAGAGGUGGCCCAUUCUGAAGUAGAACACGUUUCUCACGAAGAAACACCUGCUGCUGAAGAGUCUGUGGUUUCCUCUGUCCCAGCUGAAGAGGUCACCGAGUCCGAAAUCUCCAAGGACGAGCCAGAAGUUGUUCAUACUACUCAUUCUGAGGUUGAGACACCUGCUGAGGAUGCCACGGAAACCACCGAGGCUAAGCCCCAAGUUGCUGAGGCCAAGUCGGAAGUCUCAGAGGUGAAGCCUGAAACGACCGAGAGUGAAUCUACUCAUGACGAGCACAUUACAGCCACUGAGACCGAAAGUGACAUUCAGAAGGAUGUUGCUGAGCCUGAGACUAUCGUCGAAUCCGAAGUCGCUGCUGAUUCUGAGGCUGCUACUGAGUCUGAGCCCGUUGCUCAACACGAAGCCGCCGUUGAAUCUGAGGUCGCUGUCGAGCCUGAGGCUGCUGUGGAAUCUGAAGUUGCUGCUAAAUCCGAAGUUGCUACCGAUUCCGAGCCCGUUGCUCAACACGAAACUGCUGUUGACUCUGAGGUUGCUACUGAAUCUGAAGUCGCUGCUGAGCCAGAGGUCGCUGCUAUUGUUACGAAGUCCGAGGUCGCUCCUGAGUCUGAAGUCGCUGCUGAUGUUACGGAGUCCGAGGUCGCUACUGAAUCCGAGGUUGCUGCUGAGCCAGAGGUCGCUGCUAACGUUACGGAGUCCGAGGUCGCUACUGAAUCCGAGGUUGCUGCUGAGCGUGAAGUUGCUGCAGAGCAGGAGCUUUCUCACCAUGACAAGCCAGCUGAAUCCACUUUUGAAGAGGCCCAGCACUUGGAUGAAGUGGUCGAAAUUAUUGCUCCCGUUGAGGCUGAGAAGGCUGCCGAACCUGAGGCCCUUUACGAAGACAAGGAAGAGACAUCAGAGGUCCAGGCUACUUCCGAGCUAACUGAAGACUCCAAAACCUCUCAUGUUGAGGAAAUUGUGGCUGAAGCUGACAAGGAGGUAGAAGCCAAGCCUGAAGAAUCGCACUCUCCGGUUCCUGCGGCCGAGGAGACUGCUGUUCAAGAUGCUCCUGUUGUGCCUGCGGAGGAGCCUGCGGUGGUCGACCCUGAAUCAACGCCUGCCGUUGUAGAAAGUGAAAAGGCAAUUGUGCCAGAGCCAGUGGAAGAAGUCGAACAGCCCGUGGCUGUUGAGGUGGAAGCACCCAAGACUAGAGAGGAGGAAGUUAAGGAUACUGUGGUAGAGAGAGUUAGGAAAGGUGAGGAGCAGCAUUCAUUACAUGAUACCCCUGUUGAUAUUUCGGGACGGUUUGGUGACUCCACAUCGGGUGAGGAGUCGAAGGACCACGGCGUUUUGGAGUUACAUUCGGAAGACAUUUCGGAAAUUCAGAGUCAGUCCUUGGGAGAGGAGCAGAAAGUAGAUCUCAAGCGAGAUGAGCUUGAACGGGCUGAAACCCCGGCUGUGGAGGAGCCUGUUGUUUCUACCAAACCUGAUGUGGAGACCGUCUCUGAGCCAUUGAUUUCACAAAAGGAAGAUGCUGAGAGAACAUUACCAGAUGAGGAGUCGGACAAGAUUGCUCUCAUUGCUGGCACAGCUGCAGUUGCUACGGCUGCUACUGCUGCAGUGGCGACAGCUGCCGUCAUUCACCAGGAGCCUGUUGUUCCUGAAGCACCCAAGUCUGAGAGAAAAGCCCCUGAGCCGGAAGAGACACACAGAGAGAUUGUCCCUGAAGUUACGAAGCCCACUGAAGAGCCCGUUGCCGCGCGAGAGGCUGAACCGGCAGCUGUUGCCGAGACAGCUGCGCCUUCGACGUCUAAGGUGCCAGUUGCUGCGAAAACUACUCCAGAAGCCUCGUCACGACAACCAUCAAACGAGGUGGACACUACCAAAGCAGUAAUAGUAAUGGACCCCGAACAGCCCAAGUCGAGUAUUCUGGAGGCGCUUACGAUUUGGCUAUUGGCGCCGUUCGUGUGGCUGCGCACCCAGAUCUUCGGGAAGAAGACGGACGAAUAA